UGAAAGUGAAACCAACUAGUCCAUUCCGUCCAAUCUUUUUGAAACCCUGGAGCCCCAAAUCUGUGAUUCCUCCUUCCCACUCCGUCCGAGCAUGUGCAAAUCUAAAUCCAAGCAACAAUCCCUCCCGGUAACACUCCGUCCAAACCGAAGCAACCAUCCCUCGCGGUAACAGUCCGUCCAAACACAAGCAAUUAUCCCACCGUAGAAUCCCCGAGCAUUUGGCGAGCAGUUUUAGUGUGAUGGGAGAAGAGGAAGAUGGAAUCCCACCCAAGCCUUCGACGUCAACCUCACAGUCGUAUGUUGGUCCCAUAAAUCCAUACUACCCACCAUUAAUGAGGCCUCAAAAUACAUAUUAAAAUCCAAAUGUCUACCAUCAUCCUUUUGAACAAAAUAGGCCUUACCCUCCGUCAAGCAAUCCAGAGGAGUUGAGGCGAGUUGAAGAGUCAUUUCAGCAACCUUAUAUGUCUUACCCUCCGUCGAGUAAUCCGGAGGACUUGAGGCGUGUUGAAACGACCCUCCAGCAUCCUAUGAUGUCAUCUCCUUAUAUGCCCUGCCCUCCGUUGAGUAAUACGGGGGACUUGAGGCAAGAAACGACCCCCGCUUCAACUGUGCCAACUAGUGCGGAAUUUGAACAAAGUUUUCAUUCUAAUGGUGAGACUGUAUCCGAUGUAAAUGAAGAGGCAGAGGGGGAGGGUACCACUCUUGUCUCGAAUGAUGAUGUACGAGUUGAAGCACCAAGAUCCGGUAUGGAAUUUGCGAGUGAGAAAGAGCUCAUGACCUAUUAUAAGCGAUAUGCCAAACAAGAGGGUUUUGGUGUAAGGACGCAGAGGACAAAGAGAGAUGAUGAUGGGAGGGCUGUGUAUGUGACAAUUGGUUGUGCUCGUGGUGGCAAGUACCAACCUAAACACAGUAAUAUCUCAAGGCCACGGCCAACAACUAAAACGGAUUGUAAGGCGAAGGUAAAUGCAACCUUGAACAAGAAUGACAAAUGGGUUUUCACCACUGUUGAAAAUGCGCACAACCAUAGUACUUUGAGCCCCAAGAAGUCCAGACUUUUGAGAUCUCACAAGUGUGUAGAUGAAUACAGUCAAAUGAUGUUUGAUUUGAAUGAUAGAGCAGGUAUUCGAAUGAACAAUAAUUAUUUUGCAGUUGUUGAGGAGGGAGGGUUUGAGAAUCUUGAAUCUCAAGAGAAAGAUUGUCAAAAUUUCAUUGACAAGAAGGCUAGACAUUUAAGGUUGGGUAAAGGAGGUGGUGAAGCACUUAAUGAGUACUUUCAGAGAAUGAGAGAGAUGAAUGAUGGCUUCAUUUCUGUCAUGGACGUGGAUGAUGAGGGAAGGUUACGAAAUGUGUUUUGGGUUGAUGCACGAAGUAGAGCAGCAUAUGAAGAUUUCGGAGAUGUUGUGACCUUCGAUACGACGUACCUAAUAAAUAGGUAUGGGAUUCCUUUUGCCGCCUUUGUUGGUGUUAACCAUCAUGGGCAAUCAAUACUAUUAGGGCAGGGUUGCUAUCAAGCGAGGAUAUAUGUACUUUUGUUUGGUUGUUCCAAGUGUGGUUGAAUUGCAUGAAUGGUCAGGCGCCAAAAGCCAUCAUAACCGACCAAGAUCAGGCAAUGAAGAGUGCUAUUGCCACUGUAUUUCCCAAAACUUGUCAUAGAUAUUGUUUAUGGCAUAUAAUGCGCAAACUUCCAGAGAAGUUAGGAUCUCACUCCCAAUUCAACGCAGGGUUGAAAACUUCCAUUCAAACUGCAUUAUAUGAUUCACAGACCUGCACAGAAUUUGAGGAGAGGUGGGGUCAACUACUUGAAAAGUACGAUCUUCAAGGCAAUAACUGGCUUCAAUCCUUAUACGACGAAAGGUCUUUUUGGGUUCCGGUUUACUUGAAGAAUGUAUUUUGGGCUGGUAUGAGCACGACACAACGAUCGGAAAGCAUGAAUGCUUUUUUCGACGGGUAUGUCCAUUCCGGUACGACUUUUAAGAAAUUCAUCGACCAAUUUGAUAAUGCUCUAAGAAAGAAGGUGGAGGUAGAAGUAACAGCUGAUUUCAAUUCUAGCAACCAAACAAUCCCCUGCGUGUCCCCUUUCAGCAUUGAGAAGCAAUUUCAAAAGUUAUAUACAAAUGCAAAGUUUAAAGAGGUCCAAAGGGAACUGAUAGGCUUAAUGUGUUGUAAUUGUACACUUGUAAGCACGCAGGGGUGCAUUUCAACCUUUGAUGUCUUGGAUGAAAUAUGUAUUGAUGACCGCACCAAAACAGUCCACUACUCAGUUUUCUAUAACGAAGAGGAGUGCAAGUUAAAAUGCACGUGUGCAUUGUUUGAGAUGAGGGGGAUUCUAUGUAGGCAUGCACUUAGAGUUUGUCAAUUAAAGAAGAUUAAUGUGUUGCCGGAUAUGUAUGUCUUGGAUCGCUGGAGAAAGGAUAAGAAGAGGAGAUACACAUUAAUCAAAAGUUGUUAUGAUGACUUGCGGGAUAGCGAAGACGCAUGGAGGUAUGAGAUUGUGAUUAAAAGAUGUUUGAAAUUAGCAACGCGUAUAUCCUCAAGUGAUGAGCAUGUCAAUGCAUUCCUAUGCUAUGUCGAUGAGUUUGAGUCAAAGUGCGAAGGUUUAACAAUUGGGUCCAAAUCCGAAUCAACAAAGGUCAGACCAAAGAUAGUUGCGGAUAAAGGUAAGAAGAUAUUAAGCUCUCAUGUUGUCCGAGAGAAAGGGAGACCCCCAACUAAAAGAAAGGAUCCGCCCAUGGAAAAGAUGGCAACGAAGAGAGAGAAUAAACAGACUUGCAGGAAAAUCUUUGAUGAUGACACACAAUUGGGUGACAUCCUGAGAUCUGAUGCCAAACAAUUUGAUGAGGGGGUUGGUGUUGGAACACAAAACAGCAUUGUCACACAAUCGAUGCCAUCAGGAAAUGACGAGAUGUGUGACCAUAUUGAUGCAUAAUUGGAGAUGCUAUGUUUCAUUUUUGUACGUCUUGGAGAGGGUAUGGUGUAGUUUGUGAAUAUGCAAAGGUUUAAUUUUUGUAUCUCUUGGAGAGGGUAUGGUGUAGUUUGUGGAGAUGUUGUGUUUCAUUUUUGUACCUCUUGGAGAGGCUAUGGAGCUAUGCCAAGGCUUUGAUCACUAGCUAACAUGCAAAGAUUGGUGUAAUAAUGGUGUUCUUGUCAGUCCAAGCAAAGGUCUAAAAAAUGCAUUAUGUUCCUCACGUCCCUUUUCCUUUUUACCUAACAUGCAAAGGUUUGUUCCUCACGUCCCUUUUCUUUUUUAGACCUGGUUCUGAACUUUGUUUAAAACUUUGUUUGUAGAUAUAAUAAUUUUCCAGAUAUAUUUUCAUCA